CCGAUGCAGUCUUUGUAUGACUGCUUCUAGCUGGUGACAUGGGUGCGGCAGAAACUUGGCAGGCCCCCGAACGAAGUCAAGAUUUGCUUUGCUGCCAACAAAUCAACCAAAUAUGCUGUCCAUUUGGGGAUUUGGGGAGCUAGUAGUAUGGGGCUGUGUAAGCUUGAAAGCCAAGUGUGCAGAAAGUGUAGGUGAGCUGGGAGGCAUGUUGCUUCAUGUGCUUGGCACAUGGGACAAAGGCUUGGCAAUUGCUCUGUGCGCAUCUCCGGAAUCUGUUUGUCACCAAGCAGAAUCGGAUGUCCGAGGCUGUCCCUGCACAGGUAGCUGGUGCUGUCGAAAAGUAUUGCUUCACUACAGCAGCCAUAUAUCAUUUCUGGCAAUUUUUGGUCCUUUAGCGAAGUGAACAGAUCCAAAGCACAGCACCUUCAUCCAGCACAAUCCAACUAGCUCAUCCGCUUUUCAGCCCUUUUUGCCGUUCAUGCCACAUGACAUGCAGCACAUCCCUGAGCCCUUGAACUUGAUGCUCACUGGCUUUUGACUUCUAACAAUGUGAUGAAGCUGCGCUCGCCAAAAAGAGCAUGCCCACCAGUCUUGGGUGGAAAGGCAGAGGGAAGGAAUGAAGAAGGCCAGCCAUCAGAUGAUGUUGCUUUAGCUGCCUUCUUGCAGAGAUGCCAGCACCUGGCUGAGAUUCUGCCCUGCCGCAGCUUUCGGUCAGACCAGAAGCUAUUCGUCGGUUGUUUGAACUUGCAACAAGGAAGCACACACAUUGAGACGCCCUUGAUUUACUCGGAGAAGUUCUCGAAGCACUUGGGCGCCGAGGUGUUUCUGAAGUUGGAUCUUCUCCAACCCUCCGGCAGCUUCAAACUCCGCGGCAUCGGGCGCACCGUCCAGGAGGCCGCUGCAGCUGGUGCGCAGUGCAUCGUGUCCUCCAGUGGUGGCAAUGCCGGCCUGGCCGCUGCCUUUGCUGCCCGCAACUUCGACUUGCCCUGCACCGUGGUGCUACCCACGACGACACCCCAAAGCGUCCAAGAGGAGUUGGCCUUCUACGGCGCGAAGGUCAUGGUCCAUGGGAGUGUUUGGGACGAGGCGGACCAGAAGGCGCGCGAGGUGGUCAAGGACCGGAAGGGCGCUUAUGUCCAUCCCUUUGACCAGGAGUCCACUUGGCGAGGCCAUGCCACCUUGCUCGAGGAGCUUCAGCGCCAGUUGCCAUCAGCCCCAGAUGCCAUCGUCACAUGCGUAGGUGGCGGCGGUUUGCUCAUGGGCAUCUUCAAAGGGCUGGAGGCUGUCGGAUGGUCUUCCUCUUGUCGAGUGGUGGCGUGUGAGACAGAGGGCGCCAAUUGCUUGAGCCAGUCGUUGGCGGCGCGGGAGCUUCAAACGCUGCCGCAGAUCACGUCGAUCGCCAAGUCCUUAGGCGCCUUGCGGCCGAGUGAGGCCGUGUUCCAGCGCUGCAUCCAGUUGGGCCCUGAGCACUUCCGUUCGGUGACCUUUAGCGAUGCGCAGGCCGUCUCCGCGUGCUUGAGGUUGGCUGAUGAGCACCGGAUGCUGGUGGAGCCAGCCUGCGGCGCAGCCAUUGCCGCGGUGACCGAGAAGUCUCCUGCACUGGAGGGCAUGAAGCGUGUGGUGCUUCAACUCUGUGGUGGAGCAGUGAUCAGCCGAUCGCAGCUGAAUGGCUAUGCCGAACAGUUUGGUUUGGUCUAGGAAAAGAGUGUUUUGCUUUUUCCUGCCUGCGCAUGAAGGGUGUGGAGGAUGGCAAGAUGGGAAGGGCGGGC